AUGAGUGGAGAGCAUUGCAGUAGGGGGUCAUGGAGGGGGGGUGGUGGGAGAGGAGGAGGUUGGAGGGGUGGGAGUCGGGGAGGAUGGAGGGGUGGGAGUCAGGGAGGAUGGAGGGGUGGUAGUGGUGGAGGUUGGAGAGGGGGCGGCGGGAGGGGCUGGAGUGGACGACCCUGGAGAGGACGUGGUGCUAACCCCCAGCCCCAACCCAGCACUGCAGGCCGAGGACCAAGAGUUGGAUCACAGCACCCUAAAACGUCACAGGCAACACUGGACCAUAUGUGCCAGUAUAAAGGCUGGAGCCUCUACUUCUCUGAAGGUUUCUUUGAAAGUUCACCACAUAUCCAAAAGGUUCAGGCCUUUGAAAAGUUCUUCACAUCUCGAAUUGACCUUUAUGACAAAGAUGAGAUUGAGAGGAAAGGCAGUAUCCUGGUGGACUAUAAAGAUCUCAUCCAAGACAAACAGCUCUCCCGAGCCCUGCCUGACCUGCCAGCAGAGCUCAGAGACAUGCCAGAGAGGAUUCUGGACUGUCUUGGACUAGCCAUUCACCAGGUAUUGACGAAAGAUCUGGAGAGACAUGCUGCCGAGCUCCAGGACCAAGAGGGCCUGUCCAGCAGUGCCACCCCCAUCGUCAAUAUACCCUACAUCAACGCAAGGGUGUAUAACUAUGAGCCGCUGACGCCGCUGAAGAUGCUGCGGGCGAAUCUGUACGGGAAGUACGUGGCUCUCAGGGGCACUGUGGUGAGGGUCAGCAACAUCAAGCCUGUCUGCGUCAGGAUGGCCUUUGACUGCAACCGCUGUGGAGAUACACAGUCCCUGCCCCUACAGGAUGGCAAGUUCACCACUCCCACCAAGUGUUUGCAGGCGGAAUGCCACGGUCGUUCAUUUACACCCAACAGAAGUUCACCCCUGACGCAAACUGUGGACUGGCAAUCUAUUAAGAUUCAGGAGCUGAUAUCGGAUGACCAGAGGGAAGCAGGACGAAUCCCCCGGACCAUCGAGUGCGAGCUCACUGAGGACCUGGUGGACAGCAGCGUCCCAGGAGACAUGGUCACCAUCACCGGGGUCGUCAAAGUCUCCAACGAGGAAGGAAAUGCCAGAAACAAGAAGGACAGGUGCAUGUUUCUGCUGUAUGUGGAGGCCAAUUCGGUCAGCAACUCCAAGGGGCAGAAAUGCAAGGAGGCAAUGGAAGCAGAGACUCAGGGUGCAUCUGUGGAAUUCUCCCUCAAAGACCUGUACGCCAUUCAGGAGAUCCAGGCGCAGGAGGACCUCCUCAAAUUAAUAGUCAAUUCACUUUGUCCAGCCAUCUACGGCCAUUUGCUGGUGAAGGCGGGGUUGGCGUUAGCACUGUUCGGAGGCUGUCAGAAAUAUGCGGAUGAUAAGAACCGCAUUCCCAUCAGAGGUGACCCUCAUAUGCUGCUUGUAGGGGACCCAGGACUGGGCAAGAGUCAGAUGCUACAGGCGGUGUGUAACAUUGCACCACGAGGAAUCUAUGUGUGUGGGAACACCACCACCACCUCAGGGCUGACUGUGACCCUGUCCCGGGACGGUGGCUCUGGGGACUACGCUCUGGAGGCUGGAGCCUUAGUACUGGGGGAUCAAGGCGUCUGCUGUAUUGAUGAGUUCGAUAAGAUGGGCAGUCAGCACCAGGCCCUGCUGGAAGCCAUGGAGCAGCAGAGCAUCAGCCUGGCCAAGGCUGGCAUUGUCUGCACCCUGCCUGCCCGCACCUCCAUCAUCGCUGCUGCCAAUCCCGCGGGGGGGCACUACAACAAGGGCAAGACCGUCUCCGAGAACCUCAAGAUGGGCAGUGCUCUGCUGUCCAGGUUUGACCUGGUGUUCAUCCUGCUGGACACCCCAAAUGAGGACCAUGACCACCUGCUGUCUGAGCACGUGAUGGCCAUGCGCUUGGGGCAUAAGGGGACACUGACCAGCGCCACCGUCACCAGGACCCCCGCGCGGGAAUCCAACAUCUCCCUACUGGAAGUCCCCUCGGACCAGCCUUUGUCUGAGCGGCUGAAGGUUGCCCCUGGGGAGGCCCUAGAUCCCAUCCCUCACCAGCUGCUGAGGAAGUACGUGGGCUACGCCCGGCACUACGUCCACCCCACGCUGUCUGCAGAGGCCGCGCAUGUGCUGCAGGAGUUCUAUCUGGAGCUGCGCAGACAGAACCAGGCUGCUGACAGCACACCGAUCACCACACGACAGCUGGAGUCUCUCAUACGCCUCACCGAGGCUAGGGCAAGACUUGAGCUACGAGAGAAAGCCACAAAAACGGAUGCAGAAGAGGUUGUGGAAAUUAUGAAACACAGUUUGCUGGACACCUACCUGGAUGAAUUUGGGCGGCUGGAUUUCGACCGCUCCCUAAUGGGGUCAGGAAUGAGCAACAGGUCACAAGUAAAGAAGUUUGUGGCUGCGCUGAACCAAAUCGCUGAGCGCACAUACAAGACCACGUUCGAGCUUCAGCAGCUGCGGCAGCUCGGCAGAGAGCUAAACAUACAGGUGGUCGAUUUUGAGGGGUUUGUCAGUGCUUUGAAUGAGCAGGGCUACCUUCUGAAGAGAGGGCCAAAGAUGUACCAGCUUCAGACCAUCUGAACAAACACGACCACAGUCAGCACCUGCGUUGGACUAUCUGAACAGACACUGCCAUUAUCAGCACUUGAAUGAGACCAUCUGAACGGACAUGACGACGAUCACUACCUUCAG